CAAAAAAAGGGUGUAAAUUGCAGAAAAAAAAUUGAAAAAGCCCUAUUAGAUUUAUUAGAAUAAAAUUCAAUGAACCCAAUCAAUAAAUCUAAUGAGAAAAAAAAACAUAAAUGAUUUAAUUAAAUGAAUAGUAAUUGAAAAGUAUAAAGAGCAGAUAAAAAUGCAUCAUUAAAAGGUGGGCAUAAGUAGCAGAAAUUAGAUGUGGCUAAAUCUAAAGUUGAUAAUACUUUGACACGUUUAUAAUACUUGAAAAACAUUUUUAGAGUGAAG